AUGGCGUCAGCGUUGCGCAGCGCCGGUGACGGGGCCGGCUUUGUUCGGUUUCUUGCAACCUACAACAGCCUUACAGACAAACACCUGGCUGGCUAUUUCAGCAAUAGGAGGAUAAGACGACAUCUGCAGAGAUCAGGACUGAUCUCAAAGAGUGGAAGAAUAAUACCUGAGAAAGAGUAUCGGCUAAAUGCUAUGAGGAAGGAUCACCAAAAAUGUGUGCAGGAGUGCCUGGCUCAGGCCAUAUUUCAUAAGGUCCUUGACAUGGAGCGUCAUCAUCAACUGGAAAUAAAAAGGAGACUUGAAAAUUUUGUGAGGAAGGAAAGGGUGCAAAAAAUCAAGGUGGAACAAUCCAGAAGGUCUGUGGAAGGUGCUAACCUUAUACUUUCCCCACAUCCACCACUUGGUCCAAGAAGUCAUUAUGGGCUAUUUCCCUUAGUGGCUGCAGAACGAGCUAGUCCUUCACAGCUGGCUGCUGCUUCUCGGCCGAACACUGCUCCGGGGAAUCUGCAGGCCCCGCUGCAGCGCCAGCCCCUUCGCAGCGGCGCUGCCGCAGCGGCUCUGCGCAAGACCUCGGCCUUGAGGCAGAGGAGCCCCACGCUUGAAAGCGAUCAGCGGUUUGCCAGUGGGGGGGAGAAGAGUCAGUUGAGACUUAUGAACUCAGUAGAAUACGUAACUGGUGUGUCCCCAUAUCGACUCCCCAUCAUUAACAAUUAUGUGAUACCAGUGCCACCUCCCCCCCUGCAAACAGGAGACAGGAGUGUAAAAAUCCUGAGAAAUGGGAUGCGCAGGAGAAGACGAUUUCGUCCUACCACUGCACCAAAUGACUUGGAACAACUUUUAUCGAAGAGUUCUGGAAAAUUCCACAAGCCCUCAUUACGUAGCAAUGCACUUGUUACCAUGAUCUUCCUAGGAAAAGGUGUGCGUUUAUGUCAUGACGAUACUGAUUUCAGAGAUGAAAUCAAAGUCUAUCAGCAGCACUGUGGAGGAGAAAACCUAUGUGUCUACAAAGGCAAGCUCUUGGAAGGAGAGACCUUUCAGUUCACCUCAAAAAGGCACCACGGUUUCCCAUUCAGCCUCACCUUUUUUCUCAAUGGGAUGCAGGUGGACAGGUCGAGCUCUUGCUGUGAGUACAAACAUCAGAAGCAUUCCAGGCUGGGAGGCAGACAUGGAUAUUUUGGUUUUCUCAAUGUGGAGAGAGCGUCUCCUUGCUAUAGGUGCAUUAUUGCAAUGGGCCUGGACAAAAAGCCAUCCCCUCCCAAGAAGAAGAUGGACAAGGAGAGCAGUGAAAAGCAAGCAGGGUCUCUGGGAGCUGGAGUGCACAGGGAGCCGAGUGAAAGCUGUGCUGAGCAGACAACAGGCAAAGAUCCAACGUUAGCCAUUUCACCGGAUCAUGGAGCAAGUGUGGAACCUAUGGAGGACAAAGGGGAGACAGGAGAGGAGUACAGAAGAGCAGAAAUGAAAGAGCUGUCUGAUCAAGAGACUGAAGAUAGUCAGGAAGACACUGGUAAAAAUGACUAUGAUGAAGAUUUUGAAGCAGAUGAAGAAGUUAAUGAAGAAGGACAGACUAGUGAUCAAAUGAGUGGAAUGUCGAAGUCAUCCUCAGAUGAUGAGAAAGAUAAUUUAGACCGUGAAAAAGAGAGUAGAAGUUCAUCACAGGAGGCACUGCAGGCCUCUGACGGUGAGAAAGAUGAAAAUGAUGGACAUUCUGACAGUGACUCAGAGGAUAAUGAACAAGAUAGGAGGUCUUUGCACUGCUCCUCGUCCAUGAGUACUUUGUACAGCAGUGAAGAUGACUCUGCUGAAAAGUUCAACGGCAACGUUAAGGGCAAUGAGGAGUAUGAUAUUGAAACGGCAGCUGGUAACAUAGCUCACACAAAGUAUGGAAAUGAGAAUGGGGAGAAUGAUCAGCAUCAAGGCCCUGAAGUUGGUGGGCACCUCGAACACGCUGCGGCAGUAGAAGGUAACACAAGGGAAGAUGGGGAGCAGGUGGCACAUAACGGGAAGGAAGAUGGUGAGGAAGAUGUCGCAGUGUCUUUGGAAGAUCAUAUGAUGGAAGUAGAGGAUAGAAAUGAAGAGUCUUCUCAGAGUGACGAAGGAGGUGAAUUGGAGUAG